UGCCCUUUGCCCUGCCUGUGUCUGCAGUGAGCACAGACGGCAGGACCAGGCAGAGACAGGUGUUUUCUGCAGUCCCUGAGAUAUGGCAGUGGAAUCCUGGCCAGUGUCCCAGGCUGGACUCCACACCCAGAGAGGUGCCAGAGCAGAGGAGGCCAAGACAGGUGCUCCUCCAUCGCCAGCCAUGUCCUGCUACAGCCUGUGCCAGCCCUGCCAGCCCUGCGGCCCAACCCCGCUGGCCAACAGCUGCACUGAGCCCUGCUGUGUGAGGUGCCAGGACUCCACCGUUGCCAUCCAGCCCUCCCCCGUGGUGGUGACCCUGCCUGGACCCAUCCUCACCUCCUUCCCACAGAACACCGCCGUGGGCAACUCCACCUCUGCUGCUGUUGGCAGCAUCCUCAGCAACCAGGGGGUGCCCAUCAGCUCCGGGGGCUUUGGCCUCUCUGGCCUCUCCAGCUUGGGCAGGAGCUGCCUCCCCUGCUAGAGCUGCUCCCUGCACCGACAGCUCCACCUG